UUUGGACGGUCACGAAAUGAACUGUUGUAAGUCGAGGACUACCUAUACAGGUUUCUACUUGAAAUAUAGGCUAUUGUAUUUAUCUAAAUAAGUACUGCAGCAUUAAGACAGCCAUUAUGGAAGCUAAGGGGCUGUUUGUUCAAACACCAUUCCUCCGCCUAGUUUUUCCCCUUCUUCUACUUUUCAUUCCAUACCUCAAAGCUUAUUAUUUAGCAAUAGCGCUUUAUCUCUUUGUAUGCUUCCUUCAUUCAGUGAUACAGAGAGAAAUUAAAAUACAGUGAAGCAUAUGCUGCAAUGAGAAUCCAACUCCUGUGUCUAGGACUCAUUGGCUGCAGGAACAUAACCUGUCCUUAACUUAGCCACACGGCUUCCUCUGGUCUGAUUGUGUGGCAUCCUGUUAUAUGUGAAGGUGCUGUCUUCUGCCUCGGCUUGAAUACUGACAGUAGCUCUUUCUGCAGUUCAAAUCUUACAGUGUUAAGCUGCAGUUAUUUGAGGGAAGCGAAAUGAUUAAAAGUGUGGGCCAUCUGUGCAGAUCCUGUAAUUUGUUCAGCGGUUAUAUAAUUUCCUUACUACUCUCUGUGUUCUGGACCACUUUAGCAAUUAUAUUCCAAUGGAAGUGUAAUUAUCUUAGUUCAAAAAUAUGAUCUGUUUGCAUGUACACAAAAUAUUUUUCCCCCUAAACAAUUUAUAUAUAAAUAAUUUGAUUUAUUUGGAUUCGGUCUACACUUGUAGAUACUUUUCAAUGGAAGCUUUGCAAUUAUCUUUGGCAUAGUUAUUGUCUAAUUAGCCUGUACUUAGUGAUUUUAGAUGUCUGUCAAAGACUGUUAACAGAAAACAUAGUGAGUUAAAAACUAAUGUGGUGACCUCAUCUCUGUUCGGGAAGGCUCUGGAAUACAAACUACGUUUGAAGAAAGAGCGUUGAAAUUGUAUCAAUCCAUUUUCUGCUGCAAAUUAAUUGGCUUUCACAUGGAUACCAAUUCCAUUUAACCAUUUUAAUUAUGGGAGAAAUGCGGUGUGUGUGUGUGUGUGUGUGUGUGAGCACUGCAUUAUUUGGCUUAUCACAUCUACUUGAAAAUAUUUUUUUUUUAAAAAAAAAACAGAAUCCUGCUGUUCUCUGAAAUUAUUUUCCUCCCUGCUCAUAUGCGAGGCAUUAAGUCACAUUGAUUAGUUUAGCAAUUACAUAAAAACGCACAUGCAUUUGCAUGUGCUGUCGCUUCUCACUUUUCAAAACGAUGCAAAGUGCGACUGCGAUAGCUGGCUCUUUAAUAUUUGGGCACUGUACGUCUACAAUAGCUGUCACUGUGCCGCUAGUCCAAUUGUUAUUGGUGACUUCAGCGAUUGGGCUAGGAUGCUGCUCGUCUGGCUCCAUCUGCAGGGCUCUAAUGCCUCCUGUGUGCAGAUCCCUUCAGCACACAAGUUGAGGCAGCUGACGAGCAGGCAGCACACAUCUUUGCUCUUCUACUUGCUUUGCCACAGCCUGGCAGUUUUCAGGUGAUUCAGCCUCCAGACCUUUGGAGGGGAGGAAGAGAGAGAGAGAGGAGGGGGGAAAAAAGCUCUGGCGAGCAAGUGAAAAAGGGAAUCACGAUGGGGAGACGUUUAACCAGUCAAGCCCUGGAUCAAACUUAAAAGCCGAUCUCUUAUUCAGCACCCUGGAAAAGGUCACCUUGUCUUUGCUGGGGGAAAAAAAGAAAGAAGCACACUCUCUCAGCUUUGCUGCUCUUUUAUUUGUUCCUUCUGCGCCCUCUGUUUACCAAGUAAGGCUCUCUGCUUACACAGACAGAGAUACUCAUGGUAGAUGACAAGGGAAAGAACAUGAAAUGUCUCACCUUCUUCUUGAUGCUUCCAGAGACAGUUAAGAACAGGUCCAAGAAAAGCUCGAAGAAGGUAAACAGUAGUAGCAGCAGCAGCAGCAGCAGCAGUAGUGGCGGUGGAGGCAGCAGCAGCAGCAGCAGCAGCAGCAACAGCAAAUUACCUCCAGUGUGCUAUGAAAUCAUUACCUUGAAGACUAAAAAGAAGAAAAAGAUGGCUGCUGAUAUUUUCCCCCGAAAGAAACCGGCUAACAGUAACACAACUGCUGUCCAGCAGUAUCACCAGCAAAAUAUCAAUAACAACAAUAUUAUCCCAGCUCCCAACUGGCAAGGGCUUUAUCCCACCAUCCGAGAAAGAAAUGCAGUGAUGUUCAACAACGACUUGAUGGCAGAUGUUCAUUUUGUGGUUGGGCCACCAGGUGGGACCCAGCGAUUGCCAGGACACAAAUAUGUCUUAGCCGUUGGAAGCUCUGUGUUCCACGCAAUGUUUUACGGAGAGCUUGCUGAGGAUAAAGAUGAAAUCCGUAUCCCAGAUGUGGAGCCUCCUGCUUUCCUCGCUAUGCUAAAGUACAUUUAUUGUGAUGAAAUUGACCUGGCUGCCGAUACAGUUCUGGCAACUCUUUAUGCGGCCAAGAAGUACAUUGUUCCUCAUCUCGCCCGAGCCUGUGUGAAUUUCCUAGAGACGAGCCUGAGUGCAAAAAACGCUUGUGUGCUGCUUUCCCAGAGCUGCUUAUUUGAGGAACCGGACUUGACUGAGCGUUGCUGGGAGGUGAUCGAUGCGCAGGCCGAGCUGGCUCUGAAAUCGGAAGGCUUCUGUGACAUUGAUUUCCAAACCCUUGAAAGCAUUCUCCAAAGGGAGACCCUGAACGCCAAAGAGAUUGUGGUUUUCGAAGCUGCCCUCAGUUGGGCUGAAAUGGAGUGUCAACGGCAAGAGUUGCCUCCUAGCAUUGAAAACAAGCGCAAAGUGCUUGGGAAGGCACUCUAUCUCAUUCGCAUACCCACCAUGGCCCUGGAUGACUUCGCCAAUGGGGCUGCUCAGUCUGGUCUUCUGACCCUCAGUGAAACAAACGAUAUCUUCCUUUGGUACACAGCUGCCAAGAAACCAGAGCUGCAGUUUGUGAGCAAUGCCCGCAAAGGCCUGGUCCCUCAGCGCUGUCAUCGCUUCCAGUCAUGUGCCUACCGCAGCAACCAGUGGCGCUACAGGGGCCGGUGCGACAGCAUCCAGUUUGCUGUUGACAAGAGAGUUUUCAUUGCUGGGUUUGGACUCUAUGGCUCCAGCUGCGGAUCAGCAGAAUACAGUGCUAAGAUUGAACUCAAGCGGCAAGGCGUUAUCCUUGGACAAAACUUAAGCAAGUAUUUCUCAGAUGGAUCUAGCAAUACUUUCCCCGUGUGGUUUGAGUAUCCAGUGCAAAUCGAACCAGAUACCUUUUAUACGGCUAGUGUGAUUUUGGAUGGUAAUGAACUCAGCUAUUUUGGGCAAGAAGGAAUGACAGAGGUCCAAUGUGGCAAAGUGACUGUGCAAUUCCAGUGUUCUUCAGACAGCACCAAUGGCACUGGGGUUCAGGGAGGGCAAAUUCCAGAACUUAUUUUUUAUGCUUGAAGGAAAAGAUGGGUUCUCAGAACACUCUGUGAUUCUAUGAUGUAUUGUGUCUGGUUCAGGCCAAUUUCAUGCUUAGCUUGUUGUCUGCAGAUAUAUAUAUAUAUAUAUAUAUAUAUAUAUAUAUAUAUGGUCAGUUCAAGUAGGACACUCCUAAAUGCAGUGAACAGUUUGCUGUACUUUUUAUUGUCUACAUGUAUUUCUUCUACUACAUGCUCCCAAGAUCAAGCUAGCAAAUUAAGUGUUAAAGAUUUUCGGCUUUAGCACAGAUGGAAUGCCUUAUUAGUGAAGAAAGUUGUCAUUUUUUCCCCAGUGUGUGUCAAGGGACAUAACUUGUCUGGUCUCUACUUUGCUGCUAUUUCCUGUCAUUUUGAUUUAUCAUUUAUUUAUUUUUGCUUCUCCAUGCUGUAGACUUCUUAGAACACCUCAGAAUUAAAAGUGUCUUUAGUCUUUUGCCAUUUGGAUGUGACUCAAACUUAGAAUUGAGGCUGGUUUAGCUGCAGCAUCACAAUGCCUGGGCUGAGGUUUUCUAGAGGAACAUAGGAGGUCUUCAAAUGCCAAUCGUUUGAAGGCCAUAGCAACUGAUUGGAAAAUAUAAAGUGUGAAUUGCUUUGCAAAUACUGGCAUUUUGUAUUUAGUUUAUGUUGUGGAAGAGAACAGCAAAGUGUCUUUGGGUACAGUUGCUUUUUAAUUAACCUUAACAUUUCUUUUAGAAAGCUCUUUUUCAAAGAAACUGUUGAUAUUUAAAAUACAAUCAUGCAUUUUUGCUUGCCCAGGAUUACUUCUGGGAAGCCUUCCCUGGUUGGUAGCCUUCCAGAUGUAUUAGUGCAGUUCCUACUAUCCUCAAGAGUACAUGCAGGAUGGGAAUGAUGGCAGCUAAAGCCUUUCACGCAAGGAGAGCCUACUCUGAAGUAUUACAUAAUGGCAUUUACACUAUUACAAAAUCUCUCUGAUAGUUUUCUUUUCAAGGGAUUAAAUACAUUUCAUUUAAUCAAGUCUAAUAGCCAUUAUUCUGGCUCCCUUUCAUGCAUCGUCUAUGUUUUUCCCAGUGUCAGAAAAUGUGUAGCAAAAAGCAGAUGAUGAGUUUUGUGAGUUUUAUUUUCCCAAAUACCAUUUUAAAAAUACAUGGUUCUUUUCCAAGGAGAAAAAAUACAGAUGUUUGGAGCAUUUUAAUUGUUAGAAAUUGUCAUGGAAUAUAUUUGUUCAAUGUACCAUACAGGGACAUUUUUUUCCAUACAACUGAAACCUGAAUAUUUUAAUGCUUCACAUAUUAAAUUAACUAGUGGGGCAUUUAAACAAGAGAAGCAAGUAGGUUUGAAAGCUCUGUUUUUGAAUGAGCAAAUAGAUUGGACAUUAUGCAGUUUGGUUAGAAUAUGAAUAUUCGCCCAAGUAUAAGUUUUGAAAUACCUCCCAAAUUUCUAGAUAUUAAUUUUUCUUUCUCAUCUAAUUCCCUCCACAUCCUAUAGAUUUCACUAUCUCCAGUCAGUGUGACAAAGGGAUUCCUGGUAUUUGUAAUUUAACACAGGUUGCAGCAGAAUUAUUGGAGAGAUUUGAAAUUUGCCAGACUCAUACAAAAUAAUAUUUGUUUAACUUAUCAGACACUAUGACUUCAACAAACUAUACUUUAAAUUUUCAAAGUUUAUUAUUAAGUGUAAAUAUGACCAUUAAGAUUGCUUGUAAAUCUGCUUGUAGUUCUCUCUAUGACUACAGAAGUAUACUGUUUAGCACAAGCGUAAAUUACUGCUUUGUUAUGAGCAGAUCACAAUAAGACUAUCAAAAUGUCAUGUGACAACAAACAAAAAAUACCAAGUGGGAUUUUUGCAACUUGGAACUAGGAAUCCUACAGAAUCUGGGAUAUUUGUGACAAAUAUUUCUUACCUAACUUUUGGAGAUUUUUCAAUUGUCAGUCAAGCUUUCCUUUUUCAGAUUUUUUAAAAAAUUGGUUCGACUACCUGCAUUUCUAACAAGAAAAGGUUCAGGUUAGCAAGUAGCUUUAAAAAAGAGGGAUGAUAAAAGUAGAGGUACCAUGUUUGUGAAAUAAAAGACACUGCUUCAAAAAAGCAACCCCUAUGUGUUUCAGUCUAGAAAAUAACUUAAGCAUUAGUCUGAAAUAGAUUUGUCCCAGUUUUCUGUUUACAACACAUUUUUUUAAAAUGAAGUAAAUAUAAAUGCGUCUCACUACAGUGUAGCUGCUUAGCACAACAUUUUAUUGUCCUAGUUAUUAGAAUAGUGGCUUUAACUCUGAGGCAUCCAGAGAAUCUGAAGUUUUUAGUAAAAUAACACAAACACUAUCACAUUGCAAGUUCUCCUACUUUUAUAUAGGUAACAACAGAGUCAUGAUGAUUCAACACUGCUUUCAUCAUUCUGUUCCCCUGUCCCAUGCCACCAAAUACCCUUGUAUUGACUGGGUGCCUCCAGUUUCCAACCUAUAUCAGCAUUUCCUAAUUUGUGGUUUCUUGUUGAAUUCAAACCACAAUAUCCAAAAUUCUCUGGCCAGCAUAACCAUUGGGAGUCCUAAAACAUUUUAGGACUUGAAAUCCUGAUUCCUGAUUUUGUUAAAUAUCUGUGGUGUCCCAAAUAAUACUUGAACACGAGAACAUUUAGCAGGAACAGUUUCUCAGCACUGCAGCAUACUAAAAAUAUACCCACAAAACAGAAGCUGUCCUUAAGAUCAAAUGCUACUUCUGUGUCUCCUACAUUUUUAUCAUCACAAAUAUUUUUUUUUAAAAAAACUCACUUAUUUACAUUUCUCAGAGGUAUGGAGUUGCUUUUCAAAGAAAUGUAAAGGAUUACAUUCUCACAACUUUAAGUAUGAUUCAAGCACUGGAUUUAGAUUAGAGUGAGCAGAGGUCAAAGCUCUUUUCAGUCUUAAAAUUUGCUCCAUAUUCCUGAUUUCUUAUAGAAAGAGUUAGUCUCAAUCUAACUCUCAUCAUAACAUCAACAUGAGGCUAUAGUUGGGUAGACCAUACAUAUUGCCUGAGAUCCUUGUAAGAAGUGCUAGGAAAAAAACAACAACAUCCGUAUAAUUUGUUCGGAAGAAAAUGCUCCUCUCUUAGGUUGUUUUUCCCUGAUCCAAUUAAUUUUACAUGUUUCAGAUAUGCCAAAUAAAAGCACCGUGAAUGGCAUGAUUUAAGGAAGACUGAUGGCAUUACCUUCAGGUGAAAUGAAUGAAUCCAGUUUCCAGACAUAGGUCACAUCAGUUGCCCUGUGCCCUUUCGGCCUCUAGAUGGCAGAUGUACACUGUUACUUUUAGCUUUACCCCACUGAAGCACAAGGUGUUUGAAAGGUCUCAGUUUUAUUCUGGAAAAUAUGUAUUUAUGGUAAAUAUUUGUGAACAAUAAAACUGGAAUUAGUAUAAUCACAA